AUGUGCCAACUUCAGGAGUGCAAGGCAGAUGUGCCCUUUGAGAAGCAGCACGAGAACAUCCAACGUGGAGACAUUAUCGGCGUCAUCGGUUUCCCUGGGCGAACAAACCCGAAGAAGGGUGGUGAGGGAGAACUGAGUAUCUUCGCGCGCGAGGUCAUUCUCCUCACGCCUUGCUUGAGGAUGUUGCCGACAGAGCACUUCGGCUACAAGGAUCAAGAACAGCGUCACCGUAACCGGUUCCUCGACCUCAUCAUGAACGACACGACCCGCGAUACUUUCAUCACCCGUUCUAAGAUUGUCAAGUACGUUCGCAAGUAUCUCGACGAGCGCGAUUUCCUUGAAGUGCAGACACCCAUGAUGAACAAGAUUGCAGGAGGAGCAACUGCGCGGCCAUUCAAGACAUACCACAAUGAGCUUGAUAUGGAACUGUUUAUGCGUAUCGCACCUGAGCUAUACCUCAAGCAAUUGGUCGUCGGUGGUUUGGAGAAGGUCUACGAGAUUGGUCGCCAGUUCCGAAAUGAGGGUAUCGAUCUCACUCACAACCCAGAGUUCACCACUUGCGAGUUCUAUAUGGCGUAUGCCGACUACAACGAUGUUCUGGAUAUGACAGAGGAGCUCGUUAGUGGCUUGGUCAAGGAGGUCACUGGAGGCUACGAGACAGUAUACCACACACAGUCUGGCGAGACAUACAACGUCAACUGGGCGCGGCCAUGGAGACGAGUCCAGAUGAUUCCAGCUCUCGAAGAGGCUACUGGAGAGAAGUUCCCCCCGGCAAACGAGCUACACACUACCGAGACGAAUGAAUUCCUCAAGCGCGUGCUGAAGAAGGUCAACGUGGACUGCUCAGAACCACGUACAAACGCGAGGAUGAUUGACAAGCUUGUCGGCGAAUUCAUCGAGGAGACUGCAAUUAACCCUACUUUUAUUGUCGGUCAUCCCGAGGUCAUGUCGCCACUUGCCAAGUACCACCGCGAUAUCCCCGGUCUUUGCGAGCGCUUCGAGGCAUUCGUCUGCAAGAAGGAGAUUUGCAAUGCCUACACUGAGUUGAACGACCCAUUUGACCAGCGUCUACGAUUCGAAGAGCAAGCCAACCAGAAGUCACAGGGUGACGACGAGGCACAGCUUAUCGACGAGACCUUCUGUCAAGCGCUAGAGUACGGCCUACCACCGACUGGUGGUUGGGGUAUGGGAAUUGACCGUCUUGUCAUGUUCUUGACAGACCACUACAGCAUCAAGGAGGUCCUCACCUUCCCAUUCAUGAAAGAUGUGGUCGAGGACAAGAAGCAGACUGCUGCUGAGGUCGUCGGUGUGACACCCAAGCCAGUAGAGGGUAUCCCACACAAAUAG